AUGCAGGCUCCAGCCUCGAGAAUUGAGAAUGUGCGGGUAGGCAUACACCAGCUAUUUUCCGGACGGUCCAGUGUCGGGGCCAGGAGGUCUUCCCUGCAGAGCCCAAAAGCCCCACGGUUGGCACUCGGUCUGGAUAACUCGUCCUCGACAAGGCUGGUGCUCCCUGACCUUACUCAAACGAUGACGACUACUUCUGCUCAUUCUCGAAUAUCUUCCUUACCUGGAUCUUCACAAAGCGCUCCAGUCCCGACAUCCUUCCGACCAAUUACUCCUAAUUCAUUGCGACAACUCGAACAGCCCUAUGUCUCUACACCUCCACCUCCGGCCUAUCAGAAUCCCCCCCGCACCGCCGGGGUAGACCCGGCUGAGCAGCACUUGGCAGAAUUAGUACAUAUUGGAAGACGACCGAGGAAGAAUAAGACAAGGCUUGCAGAACGAAGGUGUGCACCAAAGAUUAAGAAUAGGAGGAUUCGGGCAAAGAUACUGAGUUGCUUCAUCUCGGGACUGCUCCUAGCUCUAUUUGUGACCAUCUAUCUUGCGCUGUCCCUGUCGAAACGAGACAAUAACCAGGAAUUUCAUGUCCUGUUGAUCCUGAUCAUGCUGCUAAUAGCGAUCUUCUUCUGCCACUCUAUGAUCCGCCUCUGCAUGAUGCUAGUUCAUCCACCGGAGGAUACGCCGCCUGAACAGCGAAUUCUAUCGAUGGUUGGCCCUGGAGGUUAUGCAAAUCCGGCGGUACCUAUUCGAGUCGCACUUGCACGUGACGAGGAAGCUGCGGGGAUUGAGAGCCAAGCUACAAAACUUCCGCCUCCUGCGUAUGGCUUGUGGAGGGAGAGUGUGAGGGUGGACCCGAAUCGCCUCUUCUGGCAGCGCAACGAGGCUGCAGCACCUGAGCCUCCAAUUCCCCGCGCGGACGACGGUCCUCAAACUGCUAAUAGACCCCCGUCCUAUAUCUCUGAGGACGGUGUCGGCUAUGUAAUACAAGCGCAGCCUCGCUCGAUCGCACCAUCUACCGAUGUUCCUCUCCCACCGCACCCAUCAGAAAGAGGGCGGGGGUGGCAUGCGACAUAA